UUUUCAAACAUUUCUUUUCCAAACUUUCGUUUUGAAGCAAAAUAUUUUGAAUUAUUUUCUCUCAAUUGCAAGGAAAUACACGAGCUUUUCUAGCGAAAUAUGUCGCACGACGUGACCGUAAACUUCAACGGCAAAUCAUUUAACCUUCGUUUUCAACCAUCCUGGACAAUCGCUCAACUAAAACGGGAAAUUGCUCGCAAGAAAAAUGUCAAAACUGCUGGAAUUAAAAUCAUUUUUGCCGGUCGAGAAUUACCCGAUGAAUUAACACUCGGGAAUGCAGAGAUGAACCACAGCGUCAUUCAUGCUGUUCAGAAAUCUGGUCAGAUCUCAGUUGAUGCAACUUACAAUGCGAAUGAUGGUUUGACGAAAGUGAAACUGACACAGGAUGACGAAGAUGAAGAUGGUGAAUCUCAACAAUCAGGCAAGCAAAGUUUCUUCUUUGUUUAUUGUAAAACUUGCAAGAAACUAACACGAGGAAAAUUGCGAUGUCGAUGUUCAAAUUGCAAGGAAGGAAGCUUUGUUCUAUCACAGGGUCCAAAUGGUUGGGACGAUGUAUUGAUCAAAGGCCGCAUGCAGGGACCAUGUGAAUCCGAUAAUAACUGUCAGGGAACAACAGCUAUAAUGCGGUAGAAUGUUUUAAACUUGGUCAGCUUUGCAGCUCAAAUGGUAGAAAUUUAAUCCGUGAAUGUGACGUCAGGGUUGUGGUGAUUUCGGAACACCAAGAGGUUCUCGUACACACAAUGGUGUCGACAUAAUUUGCAAACCAGGGAGUUCUGUCAUGACACCAUUUGCUGCGAAGAUCUGACGAAAAUCACGUUCUUAUUCAAACAACAACAAACCAUAUAACAAUGGAUUGUAUAUUCAAGGAAGCGGAGAAGCCGAAGAUAUAAAAUGGAUAUUUCAGGUGGUCUUGGAAGAUCUGCUGGAAAGAUAUGGCGUGUUGGUCUGAUGGGGUUGAACAGUACAAAAGAUAAC